AUGGGCCUCAACAUAAUAGUAUUUGACACCGUAGCCGAGACAUUCCGGCAGAUGAGCCGCCCAACACAGUUGGGUGAUAUGGUGUCAUUGUUGGAUAUGGGCGACGCCCUUGCUUUGUGCCACACCGCCCCUGACUGCGCCGCAUUAGAUGUUUGGGUGUUGCAGGACUAUGAUGCCGGGACCUGGGGUUUUUGCUUUCGGAUUGACCUGUUAGGGAUGGAGGCAUCACCACCGGUUAAUUGGAUGUUCCAAUUUAUCCCUAGGAUAGCUCUGAUCAAUGAGCGUGAGCUGUUGAUCCAGCGGCAUAUUUACAGUCUGUUGCAUUGUGACAUUGAUGGUGUCUUUUUAGGUAAUGUGGAAAGCGAGGAGCGUUUAGCCUGCUGGACACUUACUCGGCAUUGCCUCCAAGAGAGCCUGAUUUCACUUCCAUUGUUUGAGAUGCAAGAAGAAGAAGCUGUGAACCAGGAGCCUCCAUUAUUCUCCAUUGUGUUAUAA